AUGGAGGCUGUUGUAAAGAACUUGGAGCGGACGGCGGAGCUACUCGCUGUGUCGCAGACAGAGAUAGUGCAGCGGUGGGACAAACAAACCCUGGACAGAGCCUUCCAAUGGACUCAGUACUGCGAACACCUCUACACAAGGUUCCACGCAAAUCCAACCGUCAGGGACAUCUUGGAAAAACGACUACAGGUGACAAACGAAAGCUUACGAACAACUUUUCAGGGGUAUACGGACAUCACGUUUUCUGACCUGUCGCAGUGUCAACACUUGCUGCUCGUUGGGUUAUUAAACAACGCCGCGGUUCCGAGCUCAGUCAUCAAACAACUUUUCGACACUUCUUGUUCUAAAACGGUUGGAGAUAAAUCUAAGGACGCCACCGGUCAUUGCACUGAGCUCAUAGAAGUCAAAUCAGCAUGUAAAGUCUUAAGCGCCAUUUAUUUGAAACGCAGUACGUCCUUUCCUGGUCCUGAUGCUGACGUGGUAGGCACGACACUGAUGGAGAUGUUGGAUAUCCUGCUCUCUCCAGCUACUGGCGGGUCCAAUGUGGGUCUAGCAGAGAAGUUAUUGGACUCCAUCUUACAAACCUGUGGUGAAUAUGAAAACUUCUCAGGGGUUGUUGCUGCUGCUCUCCUGUCAAGGAAAAACAACUCAGCAGCAUCAGCAACAACAGCAGCAGCAUCAACAACAACAGCAUCAGCAACAACAGCAGCAGCAUCAACAACAACAGCAUCAGCGAAAACAGCAGCAGCAUCAACAACAACAGCAUCAGCAACAACAGCAGCAGCAUCAACAACAACAACAACAGCAUCAGCAACAACAGCAGCAGCAUCAACAACAACAGCAGCAACAACAGCAGCAGCAUCAUCAGCAUCAGCAACAACAGCAGCAUCAACAAUGGCUUCAGGAGGAGUUUCAUUAGACUUUAUCCUGGAUUGGCUGCAGCAACACCACAGUUUACUCCAGCAUAUGUGUUCCACGUUGCCUAUUGGACUUUUGAUGGACCUCUACCGGCAGUCUGUGAGGUUUAGAGUGACCUACUGUGACAUGUUGAAGCAAUGGGGGUCACAGUUGGAGUAUGACAUGGGUGAAGGAGAGUGGGUUCAAGUGUUUACCACCAACGGGGUGUCGUUCAAGACACUGUCUGACCAUUAUAGGUCGCUACUAGGGGCUUGUCCGUCGAUGAAGGAGGACAUUGAGAGAGAGCUGACAGAACUGAAGGUUGCCGAUGGGGACUUUGAUGUUAGAGGUCUGAGUGUUUGGGGUGACCUCCUCUCUGAGCUGAACAAGGUCUGA